ACUCGCUCUGAUCAAGGCAGGAAGAUCAAACACAAAGCCUCUGAGUCUAUCAGUGAUGCUCCCAAGGCCAAGAUCAAGCCCGAGAGCCCAGACUGUGUGUUUGUGGGAGAACUGGUUCCUUGCAAUGCUGCAGCUGGUGGCAGGGCUCCUUCGAACAUGGCCAAGCAUUCUAACAGCAAACCGCAGAAAGCUGCAGCCAGCAGCACCAGCAAUACUAAGAGCCAUGGGCAGGAAAACACCAAAAGAAACAAGGAAGACUCCUCCCAGAGAGCUGAGGAGCGGAAGCAGUCAGGGAACAAAGUCAAGGCCGAGGAGAAGCCAGCCAUUCCCAAGAGGAAGAGGAAGAAAAGUCAUCCUGAGCUGCCACAAGAGGCCAUCAAAAAGCCUCGCAGCAGCCUCGGUAUGCACAUGCUGGAGUCUGUGCAGGUUUUCCAUGCACUGGGCAAGAAGAGUGAAGAGAAAGCUGAUCUGUCUUCCUCACGGGCCCUGGGAAACUCAAGCAACCCCAAAGACCCCCAGCCAGGCCAGGCUACCAAACCAUGGCUGGAUACGCCCCGUGAGGGCAAAGGUCCUGUGAAAACUCAAGUCAAACCCCAAAAACGAUAUGGAAGUGCUGACAAAGGGUCUCCACCUCCAUCCCAGGAUAAGCUGCCUUCUCCCGGAAGGUCAAGUUGGUGCCAUUGGUUUUUCCAACCAUGGACAAACCUCAAGCUCGACCUGUUCCUCGAAGGCCAUAGUCUCUGGCAUCACUUUGGCCUGCUGUGA